UAAUAAUAGUAAAGCAUUAAAAAAAUUAUUACCCAGUUUAGAUAAUUGGAUAGUAUUAGAAGAACUAAUUUUGUUGCUUCAACCUUUUGCUGAUGCAAUAAAUCUUACAUCAAGUAAUAUAUAUUCAACUCUUUUGCUAUGUUAUCCAACUUUAUUUUGCUUAAGG